CUUGCUGUAGCACUGUAGCACGGUACACUGUACACUGUACACUGUACAGUAGAUAUAACCCCGGCGCGGACCCAUUCGUUUAGUUCGAUCUUGUUUCUUCUCCAUCUUUUUGUCUAUCGCUAAUUCUUUAGUUCACUCCUUUUUCUGGUUUUAGUCUGGCAAUUUCAUUUAUCAUCCUUUGAAAAAAGGGUUCGAUCACCCUCUUGCACACGGUUUUAUACCUUGAUUUCUUUCUCCUUUUUUCUUUUUUCUUUUGUGUUAGUGUCUGUAUAGCACUUUACACCCCUCUCCUCGUUGGUCCCGUACUACUCCUUAAUCCAUUUGCAUCCUCCAAACACCCGAUGGAAGGACACAGUUCACCACCCACUGCCGCUGCCGACGUGUCGGCACAAGCUGGCGAGGGCCCUGCUCCAGUUCAAGCCGAUAUUCGUUCUCAUGCAGUUCAUCACGACCAAGGCACCGUCCCGCAACGAGAGCCGUCACCAGGUCGGCGGGUAACCCCACGCCCGACCUUUCUAGAAAACCUCGCCAAUACUCGAGAUACCCAAUUUAUGCUUGACCGACGGAACUCUAGCGAAUUGGAUCGGUACUUCCAUGGUCCCCGUGAUUUGGACAAGCAUUCUAAAUGGCCCACCUUCCUCCGAAUGCAUGGCAGUGUGCUGCCCAAAAUGAUCCUGCCGCUGUCGUUUGUUGCGGCAUGGGCUACUCUGAUCACAUUAAUCUCGAAAUUUGUACACAAUCUGGGGAUCAACAACAUUCUACUCACAGUGACGGGUUUUGUCGUCGGUUUGGCACUAUCUUUCCGGAGUUCAACGGCUUACGAAAGAUGGGCUGAUGGACGCAAAUACUGGUCGCUGCUUAUCCAGACCUCACGCAAUCUGGCGCGCACUAUCUGGGUCAAUACUAGCGAACGUGAAGGAGAGUUGGGAAAGGAGGACCUCCUGCAAAAACUUACCGCACUAAACCUGAUCCUGGCUUUCGCGGUUGCACUCAAGCAUAAACUCCGUUUCGAGCCGGACAUCGCGUACGAAGAUCUUGCGGGCCUGGUCGGCUACCUUGACACCUUCGCCAAAGAUGCGCAUGACCGUCAGCGCCUCCAGCCUCAGCGGAAGUCACUCUGGAAGUCAACGGGAGAAUACCUGGGUGUCUCCUUUGCCGAGUCGAACCCCCGGAAGCUCAUCAAGCGAUCCAAGAAGCCACUGGGCCAUCUUCCUCUGGAGAUUCUUAACCAUUUAUCGGCUUAUAUCGACAGAUGUAUUGCCAACGAGACUCUCAGUAUCAGCUUGCAUCAGGCACAAGCCAUCAACGGCCUGGCUGCCCUGAACGAAGUCGUCACGGGAACUGAGCGCGUCCUUGACACCCCACUCCCAACAGCGUAUAGCAUCGCCAUCGCCCAAAUCGCCUGGAUCUACGUUAUGUCUCUGCCCUUCCAACUCUACAACUCCCUCACAUGGGUGACAAUCCCUGGCUCAAUUGUGGCCGCAUACAUCAUCCUCGGUCUCGCCACUAUCGGUAGCGAAAUUGAGAACCCCUUCGGUCAGGACGUCAACGAUCUUCCGUUAGAAACCUACUGCCGACAAAUUGCUUUGGAACUGGAUAUCAUCGCCGCGACUCCAGCGCCUCGUGUCGAGGAUUUCACCGUCCGUGACGAUAACUUGGUGCUGUAUCCGCUUAGCAUGGACGGCUACAAUGACUGGAAGGACCGGAGCGUCGCGGAGAUCAGAGCUGCGCUUAGAACAAAAGUGGUCGCCAACUCCCCUUCUUCUGCAUUGGGAUCGGAUGAGUCGACUGUUGUUGGAAGCAUGAGCAGUAAACAAACGGUUUAGACGGACCAUUACGCUUUAAGAGUCAAGACCUUAGACUCGAAAAAGAAGGGAAAAACAAAAAAAAAAAAAAAA